UUCAUCCCCGUGACAGAAAAGCCCUGCAAACCAUCCAAAAUUUACAUCCCCAGCCACUCAUUAAGUCUCCACUUUUCUCCUCUACUCAAGUCCCUAACACGCGCAUGCAGCAUAAACCUCCCUGUUCUCACAACCAAAACUUGCUCGACACAACCAAUCAUCAGCCAGGAAAGCUGGAACCGACUCUGCCCAUCCGGACGAACUAAAGACCGACUACUUUCCAUGCCGAACCAACUUCCGAACCGAAAACUCUAAAUAAAAAAGAAGCAGAGUCUGUCUACGAACCACAGCUUAGGUUUCUUCAGAAGAAGCCUUUUUUUCCCUAAAUAUCCAUAUGUUUCCUGAUCCUGCAAAACAACUUUUUUUUUCUCUCUCUUCUACUGUUAAAGUUCGAGCUGUUAUACUUCAGUUACACUCAAAAGAAUCAUUCACAGUUUUUUUGAAGAAAUAAUUUUUUUUUCUUCAGCUGAAAUAAUUCAGAGAAUUAUAACCUCUCCAAGCUUGUAUAUGUAUCUAUGGUUACAGUUCCAGAUCACUUUAAGCUCUGCAUGAUUCAAUUGGAUUAGAGUUUGUGAAGUGGAGAUCUUGUUGCAAGGUUGUUUAAGCAUUGAUCCAGUUCACCGGAAAGGAAAAUGGCUCAGAGUAAUUGGGAAGCUGACAAGAUGCUUGAUGUUUAUAUCUAUGAUUAUUUGUUGAAAAGAAAGUUGCAUGCUUCUGCAAAAGCUUUUAUGACUGAAGGAAAAGUUGCCACAGAUCCAGUAGCAAUUGAUGCGCCUGGAGGAUUUCUGUUUGAGUGGUGGUCUGUCUUCUGGGACAUAUUUAUUGCUAGGACAAACCAGAAACAUUCUGAGGCUGCUGCAGCUUAUAUAGAGGCACAACAAAUUAAAUCAAGGGAACAACAGCAAAUACAAAUGCAGCAGCUGCAACUAAUGCAGCACUGCAAUGCACAGUUGCAGCGAAGGGAUCCCAACCAUCCUGCCCUUGGUGGUUCUGUAAAUAAUAUUAACUCUGAAGGAAUUAUGGGACAGGCACCAGCCAGUGUCUUGGCCAUGAAAAUGUAUGAAGAACGUGUGAAACACCCUCAUUCUGUGGAUUCAGAGACAUCAUCAGCACUGAUCGAUGCCAGUAGGAUGGCCCUUCUGAAAACACAGGCCAAUCAUCAGGGCCAGUUGGUGCAAGGUAGCCCUGGAAAUAUGUCAGCGGUUUUGCAGCAAAUCCAGUCGCGAACACCGCUGACCAGUGAUGUCAAAAGCGAAGUUAAUUUGGGUGGAAAUCAGAAAAGCUUAUUACCUAUGGAUCCCUCUUCGAUUUAUGGGCAGGCAAUUUUACAAACUAAACCAGGCCUAGGUGGUGCUGGACUGAAUCAGGGUGUCUCUGGUCUUCCAUUGAGGGGUUGGCCUCUAACUGGAAUUGAUCAGUUGCGACCAAGUUUGGGUGUACAAAAGCCUAAUCUGCAGACUCAAAACCAAUUCCCUUUGGCUUCACAACAACAACACGUCUUGGCACAGGCUCAGGUACAAAGCAACCUUGGAAAUUCGACAAACUGUGGGGACUCGGACCCUUGUAAGUUUGGUCAAUUUUCUCAGAGUCAUUUGAAUGCAAAAGAUGAUCAAUCUACUAGAAACGAUGGAUCCAUAUGCUCCCCUUUGCAGUCAAGUUCUCCAAAGAUGAAGAUGGGUCAAGUUUCACAUUCUUCCCCUCAGCAACAGGAGCAAUUGCAACAGCAGCAGCAGUCACAGCAAUUGCAACAGAAUAACAGAAAACGGAAACAACACUCUUCUUCUGGAGCAGCUAACAGCAAUGGCACAGCAAACACAGUUGGCCUUUCACCAAAUUCACCACCGUCAACUCAUAUGCCCGGUGAUGCAAUAACUACUGCAACCAGUUUGCAGCAUGUUAAUACUGUUUCUAAAAGCAUGAUAUAUGGUGCAGAUGUAACAGCGGGUCUUUCAUCAUCUUCCCUGUUGGAGGACAUGGAAAGGUUUGAUGCUUUGGAUGAAAAUAUGGAGACACUACUUUCACAUGAUGGAAGUGAAGGAAGGGACAUUUAUGGAACCAUUAAACAAAGUCCUACUGAUCAGCAAAAGGAGUCUGCUAAAGACUUCACUUUUGCUGAGGUUGGUUGUAUACAGACAAGAAAUAGCAAAGUUACUUGCUGUCAUUUUUCUUCUGAUGGGAAGUUGCUGGCUAGUGCUGGGCAUGACAAGAAGGUGGUGCUUUGGAAUAUGGAUACCCUGCAAACAGAGAGUACUCCAGAAGAACACAAAUUGGUUAUUACGGAUGUACGAUUUAGGCCAAAUUCAUCUCAGUUGGUGACAGCUUCUGUUGAUAAAUCUGUGCGGUUAUGGGAUGCAGCCAAUCCAAGCUAUUGUGUGAAAGCAUACAAUGGCCACACUUCACCUGUGAUGUCCCUUGAUUUUCACCCCAAGAAGACAGACUUGUUUUGUUUUUGUGAUCAUGACAAUGAAAUUCGCUAUUGGAAUCUUAAUACAUUCUCAUGCAUGCGAAUGUCAAAGGGUGGUAUGGUCCAAGUAAGAUUCCAACCGAGAAUUGGACAUUUUCUGGCAGCAGUGUCAAAUAAAGUUGUAUCCAUCUUUGAUGUGGAAACUGAUAGGCAAACACUAACGUUUCAGGGGCAUUCGGAAAUGGUAAACUAUAUAUGCUGGGAUGCAAACGGAGAUUAUUUGGCAUCUGUGAGUCAAAACUUGGUAAAAGUAUGGUCGGUGGAUUCUGGGGAAUGCAUUCAAGAACUCAGUUCUGGUGGGAACCAGUUCCACUCUUGUGUCUUUCAUCCAAGUUACUCCACUCUUUUGGUGAUCGGAGGACUUUCGUCUUUGGAGCUGUGGAACAUGGCUGAGAAUAAGAGCAUGACAAUUUCAGCUCACGAGCAUAUAAUUUCAGCAUUGGCACAGUCACCUGUCACAGGAAUGAUUGCUUCUGCAAGUCAUGACAGCUCCGUUAAGCUGUGGAAAUAAACCAUAGAAAAUAUGAUAAAAAUCAAAUACGUGUGGAGCAAAAGCAUUCCUUCCAGUGGCAUGGCGUGGAAAUUCGGGAAUGGUUAAAAACCCAAGUAUGGGAGAUUUUUUAGUUAUAGAUGUAUAAAAUAUGGAAUGGCGUAUAACUUAUUUUGCAUGCUCUUCAUUUUUCUGCUCUACUGAGUAGAUUGUCCGCUUUGGUUGAGAACACUAGUUAUUUUUAAAGCAAUAUUCUUAUUCAUAAAAUCUUCGGUAUAUCUUCUUUUUAUAUAAAAAAAUUUUAUUAAAAAAAAUCGCAGUACAAAAACAUAAGAAGAAACUGAACGUCACAUUUAAGGUAAUAUAUGAGCUAUCGUCUGCAAUAAGAUUGAUGUACCGUUGAGCUACUUUCAUGUUUUUCUUGACUGAACCCAAACGCUUCUUUACAAAUGUGACUGCUAUCCUUUCACUUUACAAAAAGAUUGAUUGAAAUCAGGUAAUACAUUUUUUCAAUUUAAAAAAUUGAAUUUACAUCUACUUUUUUUUAAGAAUUAAAAUAAAAGGAAAAAGAUUUGGAAAUUAGUAAAUUGCUCUUGUUUUCAUAAUGAUAUUCCUUCACUAAUUGUCUGCAUCACAUCUGUUGAUAAAUCUCUAGCAAUCUACUUCAAGUCUAGAACUUUCUCGAAUCAAAUUUAUUACUUGUCAAUAAUCUCUAACCACUUAGAACUUGCCCAU